AUGAAGUGUUUAAAGUGUUCGCAAAUCAUAUUUGUUGUUUUUUCGUUAAUCAAAUUCAUAUUUGCCAUUGAAAAACAAUGGAUAGUUGAUUUUCAAUGGGAGACUAAAGAAAAUUGGGAUCAAUUACCAGAAAUCGAUGGACACGUUAUUUUUCCACUUGAAACUAAACACGCUAUUGGUUUUUCUAAAUCAGCUGAUUUGAAAUUAUCUCAAAUCGAUUUACCGAAAGAUGGUUCCUUGGUUUUAUUCAGAAAUGGUAAAUUAGAGCUCAGCUAUUCAUCUAAAAAUUCGAAUGGAAAAAUUUCAAAAUGGUUGAAAGAGGGUAAAUAUUUUUGGAGUGAUCCUGACAAUUGGAAAGGUGGUUCUGAAGCAGCACCACACAUGGAACGAUUACCUUGUCGUCAAGAUGAUGUUGUUUUACCAGGAACUGAUGAAACAUUUAAUAUUCAUUUACCAUCAAACGAAAUACAAGUUGAAUCUGUCAGAUUGUCUAAUCACGAGUAUCCAAGUACAUGGUGGGAUUGGGAUGAGAUGCAAAGAAGAAAAGAAUUUUUAGGUGGUUUUCUUAGUGUUAAGUACAGUCAAUAUGGUUGUAGUAAUUGUCGUUGUCAAGAUGGUUUACCCUAUGAUUAUUUAAAAGAAAUAUGUGCUAUACAAGGACCUAAAUGUGGUUUUGCAGCUUGCGAAUAUCCAUUACAAAUUGAAGGACAUUGUUGCCUUUAUUGUGGUGGUCGAAUAAUUAUACCAAAAAAAGCUUCAUUAGCAAUAAUCCGUUCUUUAGUAGACGAAGUUUUCGAACAACGUGCAACAAGUAUUGCUUGGCACGUUAGAAGAACAUGGACGGGUAAUAUCGAAGUUCUUAUCAAAGAGAAGUCUGAGUAUACAGGUGCCAAUACACUAAUAGCACUAGAAGACCUACUGACAAAACUUCAUGAAGAAAAUAUAGAAAUAUCGUAUACAGAAAAUACCGGUGCACCAUUAAAAGAUUCACGAUUGGCUGUAAUGCUCGGACCUUUGUUCGGUGCACCAAUGAUCAUCCUUGUACUAUUAAUCAUUGGCUUUUGGUACUUCGAUUACUCUAUAAGAUACGUAUUGUCAGAAUUAUCGGAAGCAUGGUCAUCUGUUAAAGAUAAAUCGAAUAAACCGUUCAGUUUUGCACGUUUCGAGAAUGUCCUUGAAGGUAAUGUGAGAAUCGAUGAUUCUCAAACAAGAAGACGAGAACAUGAGAUGAACGAAGAACUCAUUAAUGGUGAAGAGGUGUUGUUGGAUGAAGAGGAUGGUGGUGGCCCUUCUACUGGUGGAAACUUUGAAAAUCCACUUUACAGAUCAAAAAGGGACAAGAACUUCAGAAUAGAGGAAAGAGAACUCAUCAACGUUCAUCUACCAUUAAGCCUGACAAGUUUGAAAAACAGAGUGAAAGAUAAUACUGAUGAGGAUGAUGAUGAUGUUAUCCAGAUGGAUAUCGAAUAA